CGGGCGGCGGUUGGAGCUGGAGGUUGAGGUACCUGGAAAUGGAUGCAACAGAAUAUCUCAUUAAAGUGCUCUCAAGGUUUCGAAUUGAUGAUUUCCCCAAGUUACUGAAAUCCUGGGAUUUCCUGUCUGCAAGUCAACUCCAGGAAGUAAACUUCAAGGAAUAUACACGAAAAGACCUAAUUUUGGAGAUAGCUGCACUCUGUGAGGGCAAUGGAGUAACCCUAAAUCAAGUGGCAGAUUUGGACAUUAUUUAUAAUUGUACAUACCCUCAGAAGAAAAGAUGGAAUUCCUAUCAAAUGUUUAAGUCAAAAGGUGGUGAGGAAGCAACUUUAUUUGAUUUUGGAGACUUCAAAAAAACAUUUGAAAGAAACCUCAAAAUGCUCAUUAGAAAUGUCAUGGUCAACGUUUUGGAGCAUGGGGAAGCAGUUUGGAUCCGAAUUGCAUGGGGCAAACACCACUCCCCACCUAACCAGCAACGGGCUGCUUAUGCAGUGUACUACCCACAGACCCCUUAUGUUUUCAUGGCUAAUAUUGUUGCGCAGUACAGAGUGUAUCUUUCUCAGGCACUUGUUGUUGCUACAGACCAUAACAUGCUCAAAGAAUUAGAUCUACAAGGACAUUGUUUGGACUCCCUCCGAGACAUUACUCUUAAAAGAUUUAAUCCGGCACUUUCUACGCACCAUAGGAAAUCUUUCCAACAGAUAAACACCAACCAGGAAUCUGUACAAGAUCAAAGAAUCACCAUAGAAAAUCUCAGAGAGAAAGAAGAUGCCAAAAGAUUAACAUGUGCGACUUUUGGGGAAGGGUCGCUUCCAAAACUGGAGGAGGUUCAUUACAGGUUACAAACUGUUUUUAAGGAUGAACACAACAUGGGGAUCCUAUCAGACAGAAGAAAACCGUUCCGAUGUAUGGCAAAAUUUUCCAGUCCAAACAUCCUUGAGUCAUUGAGAGCACUUCCAGCACUUGGAAUUGCUGAUGUUCCCAUUUCAACCAUGUUCAGCAGCAUACCAGAAAAAGGGAAGAAUUAUUUCAAAAUAACGGAUAAAAGGACACCUGGGCCAAAUACACCAGGCCCUUAACUUUGUAGUCCAAGGACAUUCUGUAAAUACUUGUAUGUUUCCUAUGGAAAACUCUGGCCUCAUCUAUUCUGUAAUGAAGCUUUAAAUUUACCCAUGUCUGUUGACAAAUUUUUUUGCACAAUGUGAAUGUGGCAUUGUUAAUGUUACUUCCUGAAAUUAAUCUUCACUUUAUCAGAAGCUAUUCAUGUAUUCUUGUCUUUUCAAAGUUUAAAAAUGUAUAUCCUUUUGACAUAAUGCCUCUUGCAAGAAUAGGAAAUUUAUAUAUUUGAAAGUCAUUUUGUUUUAUGCUUUUUGGGUUCCCCAUGUACAGGAAUGGGGAAAUUGAGCAGGACCGUGAUACCCCUUUCAGUGUUAGAUUUGGUAAUGCCAAUCAUAGAUCCACAAGUGCAUAACAGCAUCAGUCUAGAUGUGUGAAAGAAUUUGGCAACCUUUAGAACUAUGACCGUUCAACGUGCUAAAUAGGUGGUUAACAACUUUGAUUAAACAAACUCCCCCCUCCCCGCCCCAUGAUGUCUUUCCGCCCAGCUACACCCUACAGCCCACUCCAAGUUCAUGUUCUUGCUAUAACGUGAAUUGUUACAAGUCGUUUUGAGUGUGUUUUUGUGUGGGAGCUGCCUAUAGACUAAAACACUGCUAUGUCAUGCAAUUUUGGUUUGCAAGUGAUGAUAUGGUUGUGCCAUUACACUUUUCAGAAAGUUGGUACAUUACGCCAUGAAAAUUUCCCUUUCAGAUGCUGGCUUCAAAUAAAUAUUUCUGUAGCAUCUGGGCUUGCAUCUUUUUAAAAAAAAAAUGCAAAAGGUGUUUUAAUUUAGAUAUUUAACUAAUUACUUCAUUAAAACUGCUAUGUUUGUACUUUUGGAAAAUGUUCUUCCCUUCCCGAAGCUACUGAAAUUUGUUUCUAUUUUGCUGCUUCUACUGUUUGUCUUCAUGAUUACUAAAAGAUUACUUAAUCAAUAAGAGAAUGACAAACUGAUUUCUAUCUCAAACAUCCCUUCUAUACUGCAACAUGUGGAAAUUUCAAGUGGUGAUAAUGUGCCAACCAGCAUAACUGGACAAUGUUCCACUCUAAAUUUUGGGAUAGCCAAUUAAAGCUUCAUUACAUUGAAUUUGACUUUAUUUUAAGCCCAGGUUAGUGGGUUAGAUGUGAAAAUGGUUCAAUGUGGGUCUUCCAAUUGCAUACUGUCAGGAUUCCUGUAUUUACAUAGGUUGUAAUCUAAUGUUUAGUAAAUCUCUUUCAAAUCUGCACCUGGAAGAAUGGAGCAGCCACUAGGUUUAAGAACAUGCUGAAUAUGCUCUUGCAAUAUUUGGUUGUAGAUCUUUUGAAACAAAAUCCACUUAUUCCUUAAUUGGCAAGAAAACCAGUUUCCCAGAAGUGAAUCUUUUUUUUAACCAUAUACCACGUUUAAGUCAGAAUGUUAAGUGAGCUUUUGGUUAAAUCCCUACUUUGAGUAUCAUUUAGAAUUAACUUAAUGUAAGUCAAAUUUCACUCCCAUUUGCCAAGUUGUAUUUCAUGCAAAUAAUAAUUCUCCUUUUUGCCACGGAAAUAAUGAGAAUUUAGCAGCUUGCUCUAUCAAGACUAUACCUCCAACGAAAGGUGCAAUCAACAUUAUGCUGCUGGAAGGGUCAUUCCCCUUUCCUUUCCUUUCCUUUCUAAGGAACGCAUGUGAAUAAAGUUUCAUUUUGGGGAGAGCCAAGAGUGAGAUGAUAAAGUGGUACACCUCCACUUCCAUUUUUAACCCAGGCUUUGCUUAAAAUGUCUUGGUGAGGAAACAUAAGUGUUUUUGUUUUAUUUAUAUUCACUUGUACUUAUCCCAUAAAGCUUAUCAUUUCCACUUGUUUAUCCGAGAUCUUGCAUUGGGCUUAGUCUUUUGUGUCUAGUUAAAAAUAACUCAUUACAACAUAAUGACUAAAAGCUUCUGGAUCUGCACAUCCAAUGAAUGGCAUUUAAGUUUGUAGUUUUCCAGUUGUCUUCCUUGAAGAAAUCCCUCCAACUGAAACGACGUGGUGAGCUCUUGCAAUGUGUGACCUCGGGUCAACGUGGAGCAAUGCAGAUAGUUGGAGUUUAUGAACAUUUGUUCUGUGGCCAGUCAUUUGAAGUCCAUGUAUUUUUGUAUGAAUCAGCAGUGAACAUCCAGCUAUUCAGUUUUGAAAUAUAACAGCUGAGCCUGACAGUCCACACAUUGCUAUCUGAAUAUCAGUGAUAAAAAAUCUUAACCAGUUUUCCUUUUCAGAUUUUUGGGAAUGGAAGCUAAUUGUAUUAUCCUAACUCAAAUUACAACUUUGCACAGACUAGGGAAUUGCACCCAGCUUUAAAGGUCCAUGUGUCUCAAUUACUUGAUUUAUAAACCUGAUUUUUGAUAAGCUCCUGAUGAAGGUCUAACUAGACAAAUAUUACAACAACUCAUCAUUAAAGCUUUUCUACAUGCAGUGCAAAUGAAAUUUCAGUAUAACUAAUAGUUGGUGGGGAUGAAUUGGUCCAGUCUUGUUGCAAUAUUAGGAAUCCAGCCCUGACUGUUCUUUAAACUAUUGUUGGAAAACUAUUGACAUUCAUUUGCACAACAUAAAGUUGUUUAAUAGUUUUAUUUAUGUAAAUGUAAUAAAUUUUUGUAGUUACUUGGAGCUUUACUUUGUUUUGGUGUUCAAAUUUAAAGAUCGAGUGCUUGUAAUCUUUUUCUAUGUUUAUAGAAUGUGCAUGCUUGCCUUACCGGCAAACCUAGCAUAUGUUGCUAAUAAUAACUGCCAUUGAAUUUGA